GAAAAUACUUUCACUCCCUAAAUGUAUAAACGAAAUACCAACUCACUAUAGAAAAAAGGUAGGGGAAAGGAAAUUUCAUUUCCGUAUUUAUAUAUUUUCCUAGGGUUAGGUUUUGUGAUCGAUUCGAGAGAGGGACAAUAUGGGUGGGAAUGUCGAUUCGACUGAGUCAGGACUCGGUGGCAAUGGUGGGAGAGUAGAAGAAGAGGAGUGAUGGUUAAUAUCCGCUGCUCUAAUGGCACAAAAUUUGCGGUUAGGACCAUGCUCGAUUCAACAGUUGGAUCUUUCAAAGUUGUUAUUGCUCAGAAUUGCGAUUUUCCAGCUGAUCAGCAACGAUUGAUUUAUAAAGGGAGAAUCUUAAAGGACGACCAAACACUUCAAAGUUAUGGUUUGCAAUCUGAUCAUACUGUUCAUAUGGUUCGUGGUUUUGCUGCAUCUCCAUCAACGCCUCCUCCUGCGGCUGCCACAAAUGUUGGAACUCCUAAUACUACACCAGGGGUCACACGUGGUGUUGGUUCUAAUGAGGAUGCUGGUAUGGGAGCAUCAUUAUUGCCUGGGCUUAUUCCGCUUGGCAGUAAUGGAGGUAGUUUUGGUUUGUUUGGAUCUGGUCUUCCCGAAUUUGAACAAGUACAGCAACAACUAACUCAAAAUCCCAACAUAAUGAGGGAAAUAAUGAAUACACCCGCUAUUCAAAGCAUGGUGAAUAACCCUGAGUUAAUGCGCACUUUGAUUAUGAGCGAUCCUCAAAUGCGUGAGAUUAUUGAUCGAAAUCCAGAGCUUGGCCAUAUAGUUAAUGAUCCUAGCAUUCUGCGGCAGACUUUGGAAGCUGCUAGGAAUCCUGAACUCAUGCGUGAAAUGAUGCGAAACACUGACAGGGCUAUGAGCGGUAUUGAAUCCUCUCCUGAGGGAUUUAACAUGCUUAGGCGCGUGUAUGAAAAUGUUCAGGAGCCAUUUUUGAAUGCUACGACUAUGGCUGGAAAUAAUGGAAAUACUCCAGGUUCAAACCCAUUUGCUGCUCUUUUGGGCAAUCAAUGUGGUUCUCAAGCUAGGGGCUCACCUAUCAACACUUCUGUAACUGGUUCUGAAAGCACCCAGGGACAAACCUCGCCAAACACAAAUCCUCUUCCUAACCCCUGGAACAACAAUGUUGUUGGUGGGGGAACCCAGACCAAUACUUCUGGGGGGUCAAAUCCUGCUGGGGAUGCUAGGACACCAGGUAUUGGUGGUUUGGGAGGCCUUGGACUUCCAGAUAUGUCGCCCAUGUUGAAUGGAAUGCCAGAUACUUCUCAUUUGACUCCAUUGUUGCAAAAUCCAGCUGUAUCACAGAUGAUGCAUAGCAUAAUGUCUAAUCCCAAUUACAUGAAUCAGAUUAUGAAUCUCAAUCCCCAAUUGCGUGAAAUGUUUGAUUGGAAUCCUCAAUUGAGAGAAAUGACGCAAAACCAAGAAGUACUUCGUCAGAUGUUUUCCCCUGAGACAAUGCAGCAAAUGCUAGCUUUACAGCAGUCUCUUCUGUCUCAGCUCAACCGACAGCAAUCAACUGAGGAUUCUGCACGGACAGGUGCUACGGCAGGAGCAGUCCCUACUGCUGGUCUGGAUUUGUUGAUGAAUAUGUUUGGUGGACUAGGUGCUGGUAGCCUCAGUGUUCCCAACCAACCUGAUGUUCCUCCGGAAGAACUGUUUGCUACACAAUUAUCGCAACUCCAAGAAAUGGGUUUCUAUGAUACGCAAGAUCAGGGCACUUCGCGCUACGUCUGGUAAUGUCCAUGCUGCGGUUGAGAGACUCCUGGGAAAUUCCGGGCAGUGAUUUUUUACAACUUGAUGCUUCUAAAUUUUACCAAGGGCUCUCGUGUAAGGUCAGUUGAUCUGGCCUGUUGCCUUAGCAAAACCACAUAUUAUGGGGAUACAUGCUGAUUUGUUUUUGGGUGUGUUUAAUAAGUUAGUAAACACGAUGAUAUACCCGAGACCUUGUCGAUAUAGGUUUAUGCAAU